GCAAAGUGAGGUGAUCAUAAUUUCGGACGAUGAGGAAGGACAAGAUAGCGGGGAUACAAAUGUGGCUGGAAGCGUCCUGAACACGCACGGCCGUACAAGUAGCACUGCGUCGGAUUGGAGUGAUAAGUCUAAUGCCACACCACCUUUACGUGAAGCUCAAACGGAACCUGAAACCAGGUGGGCCUUGUCGUUGUCUCAGGAACCUGAAACCAGAUGCACUUUGUCAUCGGGAGUAGACAAACUGGAUUCUGCAAAGCAGUGUCCUUCAUCGUCGGGAGUAGACAAACUGCACCCUGAAACAGAGCAGCCUUCAUCAUCGGGUAUAGACAAACUGCAUUCUGAAACGCAGUGUCCUUCAUCAUCGGGAGUAGACGGACUGCACCCUGAAACAGAGCAGCCUUCAUCAUCGGGUAUAGACAAACUGCAUUCUGAAACGCAGUGUCCUUCAUCAUCGGGAGUAGACGGACUGCAUCCUGAAGGAGAGCAGCCUUCAUCAUUGCGCACAGACAAACUGGAUUCUGAAAAGCAGUGUCCUUCAUCGUCGGGAGUAGACAAACUGCACCCUGAAGGAGAGCAGCCUUCAUCAUUGGGCACAGACAAACUGAAAUGUCAACCAAGGCGGCGCCGGCGCCCUCUAUUGUUGGCAAUAGACGAACUGAAAUGUCAACCAAGGCGGCGCCCUCUAUCGUUGGCAAUAGACGAACUGCUUAUUACACCAGUACCUGUGAAUGAGGAAGAGACUUUCAACAGGAUUGACUACCAGGUUCCACCCCAGCUGGUUGCAAAGAGUGAGGCAUCAAACAGGAGACUGGUUGACUUCCUGUCAACCUGUAUGCCACACAUCAUUGCGAUUGAUCGUCCAUUAAUUCUGCGGAGAGUGAAGGAGUUGCUGAACCAGACCAACUUCCAUUACCUGUUGUCGGCUCCAUUCCAUCGGACUAUGGAUUCUAUUGCGACAGCCGUGCAGAAAAACAGCACAAGCGCAACCGUGUAUCUGUGCAUCAAAGAGCUGGCCGAUGAGCUGCGAUCUCAUCGUGAGAGGAAGAUUCUAAAAAUCGACGAAUAUACUUCAGGCCUGUUGAAGCGCAAGUCAGGCCCGUUGAAGCCCAAGCGCUUCAACAGCAGCAGAAGCUCAAGCGCUUCUGCUGCUGCCACUGGAAGCUCAGAUGGAGACAAUUCUGACCCGGUAAUAGAAGCGGCAAGAGUAUUAGCCUAUCAGUCUCUAACAACACCAUCAUUUACUGUUGUUGCUGCGAACAGUACAAGUGUGGCACAAACUGAGACAAGUGGUGCGACUGCUGGAAAGAAGGACUGUGUUUGUGAAAGUCAGAAGUUGGCGGGGGCCGACCAUGAAGAAAAAUGGAGCAAUGGUGUUGGUAGCAUGGGGGAGACAAGUGGUGUCUCGCAGAAGUCUGACAAGCAGCUCCGGACCAAGAAGUACAUUAAGAAGCUGGAAAAACACCUCAUACAAUUGCACAAGGCUAUAAAGAAGUUAAGUGAAGAAGAGGUGGACAUGACAUGCGAUGACACCAACUCUGCCUACAUUCAGGGAGAUAGACUCAAGAAAAAAGCUAUUGCUGUGUGGCGAAAGUUAUGUGAAUUGCAACCGAGGCAUGCCAUCAAAGGCCGUGAGCGAAAGAAGUUCCGCUACAAAGGCUCCCCGUACCGCCAGAUUAAUACCAGUGUAGAAAAGCUGGUCAACAGGUGUCGAAUAUUUCCCGACUUCAGGGAUAUCUUGGACGUGGUGCAAACGGAGAAUGAAGCACACAGCCUUGGGCUAAACUCAAGGCAGGAGAAACAGCUUGCGGAGAAAGUGUUCCAGGAGGUUGGAAAGAUGUUGCAGAAAAGACGACAAAAGGAUGAGUUAGCUGAUGCUCUUGCUUACCUGGAGGAUGGGCCAGGUGCGGCCUUCACAAAGGAUCCCGCUGAAAGUGACGAGGAGCUGCGCAAAAAGCUUGAAAAUAAUGCCAAGCUGUCUCGGCACAAGAUGGAUAAGGUGAUGGAGGUGUACGUGGCCAAGCAGGAGGAUAUGAAACAGCAAGCAAAAGAAAAGGAAAAGGGCACCUGUGACCUGUCCCCAACACCUAGCGAUGGCAGUGGGAGUGAAGAUGAGGAUGAUAGUGACGAUGACUUGAGGGCCCCCCGUGAGAGUCUCCUUGAGAACGACACUAGUCUUAGUGAAAGUCCUGUUGAGCAGAAGACAAAACUGGAUCCACAGCGGGGGAACCAGGACAUCUGUUACUUGUCUUCAACAUCAAAUAACAGCAGUGAAGGUGAAAACAGUGGAAAUGAAGAUAGUGAAGAUGAGAGCGAAGAGUUCAAGGAUGAGGACAUGAGGUCCACUGAAAAAGAUCUUGGAAAUGACAGCUCUAGUGGAAAUGAAGACAGUGAAGACGAGAGGGAAGAGUUCGAGGAUGAGGACAUGAGGUCCAGUGAAAAGGAUCUUGGAAAUGACAGAAGCUCUAGUGGAGAUGAAGACAGUGAAGACGAGAGGGAAGAGUUCGAGGAUGAGGACAUGAGGUCCAGUGAAAAGGAUCUUGGAAAUGACAGAAGCUCUAGUGGAGAUGAAGACAGUGAAGGUGAGAGGGAAGACUGCAAGGAUGAAUACAUGAGGUCCACUGAAAAGGAUCUUGGAAACGACAGAAGCUCUAGUGGAGAUGAAGACAGUGAAGAUGAGAGGGAAGACUGCAAGGAUGAAGACAUGAGGUCCACUGAAAAGGAUCUCCUUGGAAAUGACAGAAGCUCUAGUGAAGCAGAUACAGAGGAGGAGGAACCAGAUGCUGAAGCUGCUUCAAAAGUCGACUCGCCAGUCAGUGUUGAGGACAAAGAGAGCUCACCGAGGGUGCUUUCUGAUGGCGAUUCCCAUUCCAUUGUCAAAGGUGGGCCACCUGUAGAAGAAAGAGCUGAUUGUCAAGACGGCUGGCUAGCCACAGGCCUGGGCCAAAAAAGUUUACUCCCUGGCACUGAGACAAGCUCUGGAGCCAAAGGUAGUCACAAAGAAGUGCCUCAGCUGCCCACAAAGAAGCAGGAAUGCAGCCUGAAGAAAAGGUCUGCACCAGAGCCAGAGGUCAUCACAAUACUGUCAGAUGAUGAGGAUGUCUAUGAGCCUUCACAUCCUCCAGCAAAGGUCCCGAAGUUGUGCCAGCGCACAAACCUUUAGGUGGACUUUGAUGGUGCAGGCAUGUUAAUAUUAAUGAAUUUAUACCUCACAUGCACAAUAUUUAAUAGAUUCUUUGAUGGAGAUAAUGGCUCAGUUGUCCUAAAAGUGCAUUUCUUGGUUUGUUCACUUAAGUAAUUUUUUAGUUUGAAGCAGUAUUAGGUUUAAAAAGUUUGAAGCAAGUUGAGCUGGUGUUCCUGCUUCCUCCAGCACAAUGCUGUUUUCUAUUGGUUCCGAAUGAGUUCCGCACCUGUGCGUAAUUGAUAAUUUUUGCGCUUGGUUUAGCAUAAAAUUGACUUGGUGUAAAAGAACACCCAAUAAAUGUUUCGUGUGAUCUGCAAUUUCUUUUACUUCAAAAUGAACUGAAAAGAGAAAAGUAAUUCUAUAUAUGACUA